GACAAGUGCUCAGAUAUUAGAGCGGGAAACCCGUCAGGCUAUGUAAAAAGCCUAUCAAGAUGGCUGCCGUAUGAAGUGUUUAUCGUCAUUUGUACGCCGUACAACGACAUGAAAAAGUCCCCCGUUGAAUCAAAUUUUGUGGUGGAUCUGUGAUGUAUUUGUCGUCCAAAAUGUCAGAUACCAGAAGAAGAGUAAAGCUUUAUGUUCUUAAUGAUGAGCGUCAAUGGGAUGACAGGGGGACUGGUCAUGUAUCAUCAUGUUUGGUGGAACGUCUGAAUGGGAUGUGUUUGCUAGUUUGUUCGGAAACCGAUGGUUCUAUCCUGUUGGAAUCCAAAAUUCAACCAGACACGGCAUACCAGAAGCAACAGGAAACUCUAAUUGUUUGGUCUGAGAAUGACAAUUAUGACUUGGCUCUUAGUUUCCAAGAGAGAGCAGGCUGCGAUGACAUCUGGGAAAUCAUCUGCCAGGUUCAAGGGAAAGAUCCAUCGGUUGACAUUACGCAAGAUGUCGUGGAUGAAUCCGAAGAAGACCGCUUUGAAGAACUCCCCGAAGCAGCCACACCUAUCGAACUACCUCCUUGUGAAAUCAGCAAACUGGAGGAGAUAACAGAGCUAUUCAGCAGUGCUUUGCAGUCCCCCAUCAAACGGGAAAAGCUUGCCAUAGCAAUAGAGAAGGAGAACUACAUUCGGAAACUCAUUGAACUAUUUUGUAUUUGCGAGGACCUUGAUAACAACACGGAGUGCUUACAUUAUCUCUACGAGAUCAUGAAGAACACCAUACUCCUCAAUAAGACAUCGCUCCUCGAGAUUCUGUUUUCAGACGAACUCAUCUACGAUGUGGUAGGCUGUCUAGAACACGAUCCCAAUUCGACGGACUGUCGGCGGCAUCGGGAGUAUUUGAAUUCAAAGGCGAACUUCCAUGAAGUGAUCCCUAUCACGAAUAGAAACCUUUUGAAUAAAAUCCACCAGACUUACAGAGUUCAGUACAUACAGGAUGUCAUUCUGCCCACACCUUCUGUCUUUGAGGAGAACAUGUUGUCAACGCUUAGUUCAUUUGUCUUCUUCAACAAGGUGGACAUUGUAGAUAUGAUUCAGGACGAUGAGAAAUUCCUGCCCGAGCUCUUUGCACAACUCAUCAGUGAGAGUACGGAGAACCAGAGGCGGAGAGACCUUGUUUUAUUCCUCAAAGAAUUCUGCUGUUUUGCUCAGAAUAGUCAGAACAGGGAAGGCUUCUUCAAGACGUUAUCAAGCUUAGGUAUUCUCCCUGCCCUAGAAGUUGUCUUGGGUAUGGAGGAUUCAGAGGUUAGGCAAGCAGCAAUAGACAUCUUCUCCUUGGUCGUAGGAUUCAAUGCAUCUAUGGUUAGGGAGUUCAUCAUGCACGAAGGUUCAUCAUCGGAAGACGAUGUACUACUAAUCAACCUUGUCAUAGAGCAGAUGAUUUGCGACACAGAUCCAGAUCUUGGCAGUGCCCUUCAACUGAUGAACAUCCUAAAAAUGCUUGUAGAUCCUGAGAAUAUGAUGGCAACUGGAGUUAAGACAGAGAAGACUGAAUUCUUAACAUUCUUCUACAAACACUGUAUGCAUGUCCUUACUGCUCCUCUCCUUGCCAAUACGAUAGAUGACAAACCCAGUAAAGAUGACUACCAGACAUCCCAGCUGUUGAGUUUGAUUCUAGAGUUAUUAACGUUUGCAGUGGAGCAUCAUACGUACCACAUAAAGAACUACAUCAUCAACAAAGAUCUUCUCAGGAGAAUAUUAGUCUUACUUAGAUCUUCGCAUCAUUUCCUUGUAUUAUGUGCUGUUAGGUUCUUCAGGAAGGUAGUAGCCAUGAGAGAUGACUUCUAUAAUAGGUAUAUUGUCAAAGGGAACCUCUUUGAGCCCCUCGUUAGUCUCUUCAAUGUCAACCGGUCCAAAUAUAACCUACUCAACUCCGCUCUCAUCGAACUCUUUGAGUUUAUUAGGAUAGAGGGUAUCAAGAUGCUUUUGACACACAUAGUGGAGAAGCACGGUGAAGAGUUGAAAGGCGUGGACUAUGUAGCAACAUUCAAAGGGCUUAGUGUCAAGUAUGAACAGUUCAUGGACAGAAUCAACACCAGGCCAAACUUAGACAAUUUGAGGCACGCGAGCAUCCUUCAGAAUACCAGAUUUCGACGGGAUGCACGUGACCUGGACGAGGAGGAGGAGCUCUGGUUCGAUCAAGAUGAAGAUGGAGAGGAUGCGGAAGCAGUGGUCCCCGUUGUAGACAGUGCAUUCCGAUCAGCCAAGAUCUGUGGUGAUGUCAUCGAUGAUGUCGAGGACACGGGAAGGAUAAUUGGCAACAAGAAAGAAAACCAGCUUUUGAACAGGUCGGAACCCCUGAACGCCAGCAACGGAAGACCGGACACACCUCUCAGGCCGUCACCGGGUAACAACCCCAACAAGAGGGCGGCACCGUUGACCAACAACAGACCAUCCAGUCCCAUUCCGGUGUCUUCGAACACGUCGACAUCACCGACCAUCAAGAAGCUGGGGGCAGACACGGAGCUAGCCAAUAACAUCGGUGGCAGCGCUGAGGUAAAGAAGGUUUCACCGGCAUCUGAAUUGAAGGCAAAUAGUGCGGCAAAGGGAGGUUUGGUUGGGUUGGUAGACUAUCCUGACGAGGAUUCCGACGAAGACGAAGAUGCAGACGAGCACCCUCCGCUGAAGAGAGCACGUCUGAUCUAGGAAGCAUCCAGUCCAGUCAGAUCAAACCCGUCCUCCACCUACUCACCUAUGCCUUGAGUUGCUGGUCCUGUUGAGACGCACGCAGACCCGACCUUGGACGUUGCCAAACUCGCCGUCGUGUGCAACAAGUAUUACCUAUCGCAAGGGUUCACGUCUGCCUCAAGGGACCUUGGCAAAGACACGCUGACGCACACUCCAGGAACAACGGUUAAGCUUAGGGCUUCCUCGAGAGCUUACAAGCUUGAUUAUGAUGAUGAUGAUGAUUGGGAUGACAAUGAUGAAGAUGAUGAUGAAAAUGUGCCAUGCCCAGAUCACGAUGAAUUGCUUGAUAGAUUCUACUGUGUAUACAAUAAGAUUGUCAUCAUGUAUACAUAAAUUGCUUCCUCAUGUCCCGUGAGAAGUCAUAUGUUUUCAAAGCCAAGGUCUGUUUUGGAUCUUUACCAAGCCUUCACUUGAGCUCGAAACCUGCACUCGUGUGUGUUUUAAUGUUUUGGGUUUGUCUUUUUUAAAGGCCUAUCUCUUUCUUCUUUUAACACGAUAGAUUCCAGUAUGGCUUUUAUACACACUACUUACAAUUAUGAUAUUCAUGGAUUUGGACAAGGGCAAUAAUUGGGGUAUCUUUUUAUCUUUUGUUCAAUGAGGCAUUAGCACAAGCCAGUUAGAGAAGAUAUGAAGAAGAUUGGACGUUUUAUGAUUUUUAUUUUAGAAAGACCCGUGACCUCUGCCGAUGAGAUAGGGGGAGUGUGUCAUGAACAAUUUUCUCAGCGGUUUUCACCGGCGGAUGUUGACAGCUACUUGAAAUCCUGGCUUCUGAUUGGCUGAGAGCAAACAAGUCGGUGAAAAUCACGGACGAAACUCUCCAUGAAAAGCUCCCAGGGAGCGGACUACCCCCUGGAGUAGGAUGGAUGCGAUCGCCUGGGGUGCAUCUCAUUAAAAACAAAUAAUCAUUUACUUUCACCAACAAUUUUUUGCUCAGAGCCAAUCGGAUGCAAGGAUUUCGGUAGCUUGUAACGAAUAGUCGGCGAUCCUCGAUUUUAAUUGUCCCGCGGAAUCUAUGCUGCACCACCAUCACUCAGGUAUCCGAUGGGAGUAUGUAACUCGAGGCCCCCAUCACCAACCCAAUGUAAAGCAGUGUACAAUUAUUGUAAAAGUCAAGAUAUUUUUCAUACCACUUUCCAGUCGUGUGUAUUUUGCAUAUAUGAUGAUCGUGUAUGUGGUUGAAUGUGCUUGGCAGUUUCCAAAUGCGCAAUUGUCGUUAUUGUGUCGGAGAGAAAGAGAGAGCGAGAGAGAUGUUUUAUGUGUGAGAUGGAGGUAGAGAGAUAGUGCGAACCUAUAGACGUGUUCUCAGUCUGUCAUUCAGUCCUUUAUAUUGAUUUUUAAUUUUUUUCCGACAUUUUAUGUAACUGUCCACCUUCGCAUGCACAAUUUUUCACGACAAGAAAAUUCACAAGACCUUUGAUUUUCAUGAAAAUUCCUAUGAAUCGGUUCCACCAGCAAAGAUUUCGGAAAGACCCUUCAUGGUUUGAAGAUUCAUUGUGUUUUUUUUCACGAAGAAUAGGAUUGCAAUCGGAAGAUUCAUGCAUUAUCUGUUUCAUUCUUGGGGUACAGAUUUGUCAAUAUAACACUCAUAUUUUUCCCCAUAAGGUCUUCAAGAAUAGAGGACUCAAGUUCGGUCAAUCGAUUGGGACUGUUCCUCAUAUUUAUGAUUCGCAAAAAAGCAAGAACUUGUUGAGUGGUCCUCAUUUUCACCACUAAUAUUUUUCGAAUGGUGCUAAAUAUCGGUCCUUCAGCUUCAGAGUAAGUGUGUUGACUUGAUCUUACAGCACGGCCGUCCAAGCAAGUUUUCUGUCGCAACUUUGUGUCAUGCACCAUUCUGUGUUUCUAAUUAGUGAUGCAUUUAGAGUCUCUUUCAACUACUUCUUUGUGAAGUCAGGCAUUCCAACUAUGUGCACAAAUGAAAUUGACUCAGUUUUUAUGCUCAUCCUUUCCUCCCCCCCCCCCCUCCUGCCAAUUAUUUCUGAAUGCAAAUUUCAAUGCAUGUUAUGCAUCGACUCUUGCUUUCAAUUAUUAGAGGGAUUUAUUAUUUUUUUUAAGUUGUCUUUGAUAACAAAUUCUAUCAUGUGUCUUAUGUGACAAAUACUGGUAUUUAAGUUUGGUUGAGAAAGGUUUAUUUUUUAUGGAUAAUGACGCCAAAUUCUUUUCCCUCCCCACUGUGUUGUGUUUUGGAUCUGUACAAAGCAAAUAUGUGUUGCCACAAUGUUUCGCUAUUAUGCUGUGUGUAAAAUAUCAGAGUGUACUAAAACAUGUAUAUCUUUGUACAGCUAGUUAGUCAUCAUUUGUGGCAGAAUAGGAAACCUUUAUUUCCAAACCGAUGUAAAGAAAUCGUUAAAAAUUAUCUCGUAUUUAAAUGGUGCCUGACCCGAUACGCGUUCGAAUGUCGAACAGCUUCUUCCCUCUUUUACCAUUUUUAGAUGGUUUUAUCAGAUUUUACUUGUAAUUUUUAUUUUGUAAUUUAUUUUGUUCAUAUGGAAUUUGAAUCUUGUCAUUUCUCUAGAAUUUUAUUUGAAAUUUACUCCAAAUAUUUGUAGAUUUCCUUUAGAGAGAAGUAUAUUUAGCAUUAUAUUGUACAUGAUAUGGAGAUUGUUUGAACUGUAUCAUGGACUUUGAAUGAUAUGGUUUAUAUUAUGCAAUUACAUGUAAUGACAAAGUAAAUCACAUCCUCUUAUUCUAUCCCUGUUUUUAUAAAACUAUCAGUUGAUGGAUAAAAUUCCAGCAAUUGCAACUACCAUGGCAACAAGACUAACAACAUUCUACAGCCAAUCACAAUCAAUGCCAUGGAAGUUCCAAUUGAUGGCGGAAUUAUCAGUGGUAGGUUUUGUGCAACAGGGCCCACUCUACAUCUCUGGUAUUUCUUUGUAUUCAUGUGAAAUUCAGUGACUCCAUACUUGCAAUGAUUCUGCCAAACCAUUGCAAGAAUGCCAAGAAUGUUGAUGAAAAUUAAAAAUAUGCUUGUUUUCACUGUGCUGUUGAGCAAGUGUACAAGGCAUCUCCAUAUGAUUCGCUAUAACACUUUAUUUUGUUUCCCAGGGGCCCGUUGCAGAAAAGAGUUGCGAUCAAACGCAGCUCAAAAAAUCUUGCGCAACUUGAUUUUCAGCCAAUGAAGCACCCGUAUUUGGGACUUGCGCUUGAUGUUUUGACUUGCGUCUAAACCCAACUCUUCCCGCAACAGGCCCCAGAGGACACCAUUUCAGGAAAGUUGACAGCAGUUUUGUUUCCAAGGCUUUGUCGCAGGAGUGUUGACAGCACUUGUUAGCAGCGUCUGAAUGUUACAUUGUUAUGCCUCAGCCCCACUAACAAAGCCAACUUCAAACCGAUCGAUGAUACACCAUUCACAAUAACAUAAUAUCUUUGAUCGGACUGGAGUCGGUUUCCUUGGUGUGACUGUUGCUUAUACUGUCAUUCAAUUAUUAUUUUUUUUAAUUUAAUUCAGGAAGUGUCCAGAGUUAGAUUCGACAAUCGAUACAUAUUUUAUGAUGCAAUUUUUCUCUGUCCUCCAAGUGUCAAAAAAAUAAUGUGAACAUUUGAAAGAGAAGCACUGUGACUCCUGCAGAGCUUGACACCAAUCCUUAUAUGAUUAUUCAACUACCUGUUAAUAAACCAGUGGGGUGUGUCUCAAAGAUUUAAGUGUGACUUACAGGUAGCACUUGAAUUUCAGUUGCGUGCGGUCUAUAAGGCAUUACCACAUUGGUCAGAUCAUGCGCACUACCGUGUAGCCAUCGGUCAGAUUACAUGUUAGAUGUCAGGUGCCCGUUGGCGUUUCAGCACGACUCUUAGGGGGGUGUUGCAAGAAAAUAUCUGCGAAUCAAUUGCAAAUAUUCUGUUGCCAUUGUUUAAACUGAUAGAUCAACGUUAGCUGUAGCAAAUCAGAUUACACUCCUUGUUUCAAGCAGAUUGUCAAUCACGAAUUUGCUAUUAAUUUCAAGACAUAUGAUUGAUUUAGGGACCAAAAUAGACUUGUAAUUGAUUGCAAGUUUCUUGCAAUACCCCAUUAGUCACAUUUUGUGAAACACCCCCCAGAGCAAUUCCGGGUAAGUUGACUCGGUAACCAACGCAUAUUUUUGUUAAAGUUGAUUAAUAUCAAGCCUUGCUUACUAAAUUGGCGCAUUCAGAUAUUGGUUAUCGUCUCUGUCUUUGUCUAUGAAUUUUCUACAUUUGGCAUGAUACAGAUUGACAUGUAUUUAUUAUGUUUUGAGAGCAGAAUCAUUCAGUAUUUUGAUGAAGAGGCAUGUGCGGACAUACUUUCCCAUGUCAUGACAUGCAAGGUGUUACACCAUCGAGUGACAAAUCGAUGUCUGGGUUUAUCAUCUGAUAUGGUCUUAAACUUUGAGUGUAUCCUGUGUAUUUGUCAUUUAUAGCACAUCUUCUGCCAUUUACUUUCACCUGCAUUCAGAUGUUGGUACAUUUCUCUCUUGGUUAUCUCUGCUUAUUUGUCUCUUCCCUCUGUUUUUCCGAGUGCAACUUGAAUGUAAUUCUAUUUGUGUUUUAUUCUUCAUGAUCAUGGUCUGCACCCCAUCUCUCUUUCUCUCUUCCCUUCUCUCUUCUUUUCUCUUGACAUCUCUCUUUUCUCUUCACCUUUGUCCUCUUUUCUCUCCUCUUCUCUCUCUCUCUUGCAUCCUUUCCAACUCUCCCUUGCCUAUUCACAUUAUUCAAAUUCACUCAUUUAUCCCCCUCCCCCACCUUGCUCAAUACGAGUAAGAUCACUGCGUGUGAACCUAAAUGGCAGUUGGCAGUACUGGGUCGUAUAUUUGUAGAACACUUUUUUAAUAAUGAGAGAGAGAAGGAAAAAAAAGUAUGAAGUACAAUGAUAUGAACUAUAUUAUAGGGUGCCUGAUUGCUAGAAAUGGAUCCAAGGUCACCCCUUUUGUGAAAUGUAAAUAAAUUCUUUGGAGCAGAACAACAAAAAAAA